AUGGGCAAGCUUAUUCGGCUCGAGCUUUUCAAUUUCAAGUCCUAUAAGGGUCAUCAUACUCUUCUAUUUGGAGAUGCCUACUUCACUUCCAUCAUCGGCCCGAACGGGUCUGGCAAAUCCAACUCAAUGGAUGCGAUCUCUUUCGUCCUAGGCAUUAAAUCCUCACAUCUGCGAUCUACGAAUCUACGCGAUCUCGUCUACCGCGGUCGUGUCUUGCGCACCUCGAAAGUCGACGCCGACGGCAACGCCAUCGAUACGGCCCCGAACGGAGAGGAACAGAAUGGUGAUGAUGUGGAUGGAGAAGAGUCGCAGGACCCCAGCGGCCUGAAUGAUCCCAAAACCGCAUGGGUCAUGGCAGUCUAUGAGGAUGAUGCGGGCGAGGAGCAGCAAUGGCGGCGGUCGAUCACAAGCCAAGGCGUUAGCGAGUACCGGAUCAACAACCGCAUCGUGACUGCCCAGCAAUACAACGAGGCUCUCGAGGCGGAGAACAUUCUAAUCAAGGCGCGCAAUUUCCUUGUCUUCCAGGGUGAUGUGGAGGCUAUUGCCUCGCAGUCUCCAAAGGACUUGACCCGCUUGAUUGAGCAGAUCUCAGGAAGUCUCGAAUAUAAAGCUGAAUACGAACGUCUUAAGGCAGAAGCUGAGGAGGCCGCGGAACAGCAGACCAUUCAGCUCAACAGACGCAGGGGCAUCAAUUCCGAGGUCAAGCAAUAUCAGGAGCAGAAGCGGGAGGCGGAAAACUAUGCUAGGAAAGCCGAGGAACGUAACCAAGCCAUCAUCACUCACAUUCUUUGGAAGCUCUUCCACUUUCAGCGUCUGAUCGAUGCUUCCAGUGCCGACAUUCAGAAGUAUCAAGACGAGCUCAAGGAAUAUCGCCGUGGUGUUGAGAAGUAUGAAAAGAAAGUUGAGGACGCCAAGAAAGAACACGCUAGGGUUGGAAGGGAUGUGUCCAAGGCAGAGCGGAAUAUCCUCAAAAAGGAGAAAGACAUAGAGGAAGCAACCAACGCAUUGAUUCCCGUUGAUGAGAAAAUCGAUAUCACGAGGAAGAAGGUCGAGAAAUUCUCUUCUCGAAUCGCCGAGAUUGGAAAAGAACGGGAUGCCCAAUCCGCCAACGUGAAACAACUGGAGAAAGACCUCAAGGUCGUUGAAAAAGCUCAGGCCCAGUGGGAGGCGGAAUGGCAAAAGACAAUGAGCAGACAGGGCGGUCAGCUGAGUGAAGCUGACCAACACGAGUAUAAGAUGCUCAAAGAAGAAGUCAGUAAAAGGUCAUCUGCAGAGCAACUGAAUCUGGACAACCUGCGGCGUCAGAGAAAGACCGAGGCUGAGGCCUACAACAGUUUGAAGAGUAAAUUUGAUGCAACUGAGUGGCAACUCAAGAGCUUGAAAACUGACACGGAGACCUUGGCUGAGCGAAAGUCCUCUCUUAACGAUGUGGUCAAGACUACGUCUAAGGAUAUUGACCGUAAGAAGAAAGAGCUCAACGCACUCACAUCUGAACGCUUGCGCAUCUCCCAAAUGAGGACGGAGCUUGAAGAGAAAGUUCAGGUCGUGCUGAAGAAACUUCUCGAGGCCGAUGAUGGCAAGAAGCAGACCGAGAGAGAGCUCAGAGCGAAGGAGCUGAUAUCGACUCUAAAGCGCAUUUUCCCUGGUGUAAAGGGCCGCGUCAGUGACCUCUGCAGGCCCAAGCAGAAGAAAUAUGCUGAAGCUGUCAGCACUGUACUCGGCCGGCAUUUCGACGCCAUCGUUGUCGACAACGAGAAAACUGCGAAGGAGUGCAUCCAACACCUCCGGGACCAAAGAGCUGGUCAGGCGACAUUUAUUCCUCUGGAGACCAUUCAAGUCAAAGCUUUCAAUUCUAAUCUGAAAGGUCUGCAUCGAGGAAUGCGCCCAGCUAUCGAAACAGUGGACUACGACGACUCCGUGGCAAGAGCCAUCAGCUAUGCUUGUGGGAACGCCAUCGUUUGCGAUGAUUUGGCAACAGCCAAAUAUCUUUGCUACGAGAGAAACGUCGACGCAAAGGCAGUUACGCUCGACGGAACUGUGAUACAUAAGGGAGGUUUGAUGACUGGAGGUCGGGGCCCGCAGCAGAAUUCCAAGCGGUGGGAAGACUCCGAAGUGGAGAAUCUGCACAAGCUCAAGGACAAGCUGAUGGCGGACCUCGCAAAUCUGCCAAAGGGUCAUCGCAGGGGCACCGAGGAAGAGACGCUGCAGGGCGAGCUGGUUGGAUUGGAGCAACGUCUUGCGUAUGCGCAGGAGGAGCUUAAGGCGCUUGAGAGGAAUCUUAAGAGCAAGCGUACCGAGUUGGAGCAUGCCAAGCGCCAGUUGGAGGAUUUGAGGCCAAAGUAUACGGAACGACAAGAAAUUCUGGAAGAGCUUGAUCAGACAAUUGCCCAAUCUCAAGAAUCUGUCAGCAGAAUCGAGGAUGAGAUCUACCGCAAAUUCUGCAAGCGCCUCGGGUAUGCCAACAUUCGUGAAUAUGAGAUUCAGCAGGGUUCUUUGCAGGAAGAAGCUGCCCAGAAGAAAUUGGAGUUUACGACACAAAAGAGCAGAAUUGAGAAUCAGCUCAGCUUUGAGAAACAGAGACUCCAGGCCACAAAAGAUAGAAUUGCCAGCCUUGAAGCUCAGCAUCAACGUGAUCAGAGUUUGAUCGAGGAGCUCAAGGAAGAGCAAGAGCAAAUCCGAAAUCAACUCGAUGAGUACAGUGCUGAGCUGGAGGUCCUUGGAGAGCAACUAGAGAAGCAGAAAGAGGCUUAUGCGCAGUCGGCUGAAAACCUUGCGCAACAGCGUCGUGAGCUCCAGAAGCGCAGCAAGGAUGUCGAGGGCAUGUUGAAGGAUGUCAGCGCCUCGGAAGCCGAGAUCCAGCGAAACUCGUCCAGUCGAUAUGCACUUCUACGGCGCUGCAAGCUUGAGGACAUCUCUAUUCCUCUCACGGAGGAUUCUAGACCCCUUGACCAACUUCCUAUUGACGACAUUGUCCAGGCGGCGGACCCCGAUGCGAUGGAUGUUGAUGAGGAUAUCGCGGGCGGAGGUGAUGCAGUGCAAGACUAUGGCAUCGAAGUUGACUUUGAUUCUUUAGGAGAGACUCUUAAGGAGGAUGCCGAUGAAAAGGUUGAAGAGGAACUUCUUGACCGAGUCAAUACUCUCAAGAAUGAGCUGGACAAGAUGGCACCCAAUACACGUGCAAUGGAGCGCUUAGAGAGCGUCGAGAACAAACUAAGAAGCACAGAGAAGGACUUUGACGAGGCCCGAAAGCAAGCCCGGAGGGCCAAAGACGACUUCGAGGAGGUGAUGCGUAAACGAUCGGACCUCUUCAACAAGGCCUUUUCACAUAUUUCUGAACAAAUAGGCCCAAUCUAUCGUGAGCUGACUCGCAGUGCCAACUAUCCCCUGGGUGGGCAAGCCUACCUGGAUAUUGAGGACUCUGACGAGCCAUACCUCGAUGGCAUCAAAUACCAUGCCAUGCCUCCUCUCAAGCGUUUCCGCGAUAUGGAGCAUCUUUCCGGUGGUGAGAAGACCAUGGCUGCUCUCGCUCUGCUAUUUGCCAUCCACUCUUACCAGCCAUCGCCAUUCUUCGUGCUGGACGAAGUUGAUGCUGCACUUGACAACACCAACGUGGCUCGGAUUGCCAACUACAUCCACGACCAUGCAGCCCCCGGUAUGCAGUUCAUCGUCAUCAGUUUGAAGACCGGAUUGUUCCAGAACAGCGAGGCAUUGGUCGGUAUCUACAGAGACCAGGUCGAGAACAGCAGCAAGUCAUUGACCCUUGAUGUAUGUUUUCCUUGGUGA